AAGGAAUCUGUGAACAAUUUAUGUGGCAACGGUUUCUUCCGUGAAAAAUGUGGUCUUUUCUCGUUUGUUUCUCUCACGCUCCGAAACACCCAAGAGGAAAAAAAUAAAAACUUUGUUGCUUCAUAACUUCAUCAAAUGUUCCGUGAAGACCCGUAAGAUCUCGCCUUGGAUAAAUAGAGAAACGAAUUCUUCGCGAGUGUUAAAGGAACUGUUGAAUUGGAUGAAAAGGAGAGUUUUGGCGCUUGGAACCGAGACGCGGUGGAGUGGAUGGCUCAGUUCACAGCUCAAGGAACCAUGAAGCUGCUCUUCAAUGGCGAAGGUAGCUCAUUUAGGCGAGGAUCGAAGGACCCAUUUCGUUUUAGGCUCGGAUCAGUCCAUGUCCGCAAGCGCAGGCUCAGAUUCUUUGAUUCCUCGGCCGAGCGCGGUUCUUGGCGGCGAAACGCGAGAGCGCACGCGCGAAGCGCUAAUAAGCACAGUAAGGAAGGUGUGCAUGGAGAGGACGACGAGUACGAUGAUGAGUUCGGAGUCGAUGACGAGCUGGCGUGCUUCAGAGGUUUGGUCUUGGAUCUUUCUUACAGGCCAGUCAAUGUGGUUUGCUGGAGGCGUGCGAUUUGCUUGGAGUUCAUGGAGAAGGCUGAUGUACUAGAAUAUUAUGAUCAGACAGUGAACUCUCCUAGUGGAUCAUUCUACAUACCAGCAGUUUUAAGGGUGCCACAUUUACUGCAAGUUGUUAAGAGAAGGAGAGUGAAAAACAACCUUAGUCGUAAGAACUUACUGUACAGAGACAGUUACACUUGCCAGUAUUGCUCUUCGGGUGAGAAUUUAACAAUUGACCAUGUUCUUCCAAUUUCACGAGGUGGAGAAUGGACAUGGGAGAACCUGGUAACUGCCUGUGCCAAAUGCAAUUCCAAGAAAGGUCAUAAAACAAUAGAAGAAGCAAAUAUGAAGCUGCUCAAGAUCCCCAAGGCUCCUAAAGACUUCGACAUACUCGCCAUACCUUUAACGAGUGCGGCGGUGAAGAUGUUGAGAGUGCGGAAAGGCACUCCGGAGGAGUGGCGCCAGUAUCUUGGUAGAUCCUCUUCUGAGCGCUGACACCGUUUGCGGUGGCAUUUGUACAUUCUUAUGCUUCAUACAUACUAACAAUCAGCCUAUUUGCAUUCCGUUUCCUUCGCAUGAAUGUGGAAUAAUACCGUUUAUGUAUGUCUGACUUGAAGGCGAUUGAUGCAUCAUGCACGACAAUCGGAAGAAGAAAAGGAAAGAA